UUUGACAUUUGGUUUUCUACGUAAAUGAUGUGAUAUCAAAACAACAUUGGCUUUUGAAAUUAAAUUGCAUUAAACGAUUGUUCAAUACCUUCGAGAUGAUUCUUAACAGAAUUUUGAUGUAGGGAAUUGUGGUUUACGCUUAAUAUUUGAUUGAAACUGCCACCAGCGGUGGCCUAAAUACGCCAACAACGAUGAAGAAAUUGAACGGAACAUUUCGUAAUACUCAAUGGGAUCCGUAUCUACUGAUUUCGCAGAUUAUCGCCAUGCAAGCAUUGCUUUAUGUCAGCCUAGGCACUAUCAUGUACAUGAUGGAUUAUUUUGCCGAGGCAAAUCAUACGCUGGAUCAUAUUUUCGAGUACCAUGAAAUUCACGUAACUGAUUUGGGUGGACGUUUAGUUAUUUCCGCUUUCGUGCUCAACUCACUAGUCGGUUCCGGGCUGCUCUGGUUCAUCGUCCGGAGGACGAAGCUCUGCCUGGACUUUAGUUUCACGUUCCAUUUACUCCAUCUGGUUGUGUGCUGGUGGUACAACAGUGCAUUUCCUUCUAACAUAAGCUGGUGGAUGUUGAACGCGGUGUGUACCGCUCUGAUGUGUGUUUGCGGCGAGUUUCUUUGUUUGAAAACGGAACUGCGGGAGAUUCCAGUUGGCUACUCGGCUCUAAAUACUAAAGUUGAUCUGUAGAGUGGACAUUUUGAAUGCGUGACUACUUGAAGUCAGGGGUAUUUUUAUUUAUUUGUGGGAUUUUGAUUGAAGUAUUGUAAAUAAAGCAUCGUAGUAUUAGAAA